UAAAAUUCCUUUAAACUAAAAAGAUGAAAAUCAAGUAUUUGAACAUAUUGAUUAACUCUUACAGUAUGGUAUUUAUAUAUUUUGAAUUUUGAAACAUCAUCAAGUUUUACAUAAAACAUAGAAAAAUUGAUCCGAUAAAAAUCAAACUUAACCUAUAACCUAAUUAAAAUCUAUUUAUUCUUUUAAAGUAAUAUUAAUUUUUUUUUUAAUUUGAUAAACCUAUCCAAUCCAUGAUGUAGAUUUUACACCGAUCAACCUCCAAUCGGUACACCUAAUUAAAUUUCUAGUCAAGAAACAAAACUUCGGGGGGGAAUUUAUAAGCAGAAAUAACGUUCUGUUUUUAUUACUAGAGAGGGAUAACUUUUCCUUUUGAUCUCAUUAUCUGUGAAGCAGAAAUAACCUCACAAUAUUUGUUAUUGCUCGGAUAUUAAAAAAUUAUAUUAUUACUCCUAACAUAUUUAACAAGAAGUAAAAUGAGCUGAUUGGCAGCAUAAUUAACAAUGCUGGAUCCAAUUUUAAAUUGAGCUGAAUGGGCCGAAAUUAGCAGUCUACACACUUCUCUUGAGCUUUCAUUUAGUGAAAGGACUUUGCCCACGUAGAUGACCAAUUAGGUCCAGUAAAUUUAAGUUCAGGCCCAUAUAGCUAAAGAUCACGUGAAGCAUGAGGAAUCUCAAGUCUCCUUUCUUCACUACAAAGCAACAACCGCCGUAGCAUGCGUUGCGGAGCGCGUGCAAAGAACGCGUCACGCGUUUGAGAUGACGUAAGCACGUCCAACAUCAGAGUCAACGUCAACUUCACUGAAAUAGAAGGGAAAAAAAUAAAAAAGCAAGAAAAAUAGAAGAGCUUCAAACGGUAACCUAAAAGCCAGGGUUACUGAAAAGCGACUGUUGCAUCCCCUGAUCCUUCCAUCUUCUCCAGGAAAUUGGAUCGAGGGGUGAUUUUUAAGUAAGGAAAGUGCGUUUAGCAGUCAUAUCUUGGGCAGUAUAUUUAGAGCUCUCUUCCAUUGAGAAGAGAAGUUGAGGAUGGCUAGGAUUGCAACUAGCAUGCACUUGCCGAAGGAGCCUCAGUAUCAUACACGCAAGUGGUACUUCAGUAGACAAGAAAUUGAAGAUUUUUCCCCUUCUAGAAGGGAUGGUAUUGACGUUGAGAAGGAGUCUCAAUUACGGAAAUUGUACUGUUCAUUUAUUAAAGAGCUCGGCGUGAAGCUUAAAGUGCCCCAGGUGACAAUAGCAUGUGCAUUGAUAUUGUGCCACCGGUUUUACAUGCGUCAAUCUCAUGCAAAGAAUGAUUGGAAGACAAUGGCAUCUGCAAGCAUGUUUCUUGCUUGCAAACUGGAGGAAACUCCGCGCUUGCUGAGGGAUGUUGUUGUUGUGGCUUAUGAGCUGAUGCACAAAAGGGAUCCUUCUGCCUCACAUAGAAUCAGGCAGAUAGGAUUUUGCAGUAGUCAGAAGGAAUUGCUUGUAACUGGAGAGAGGCUUUUAUUGGCAACAAUUGGUUUUGAUCUUGAUGUCCAACUUCCUUACAAGCCACUUGUAAAUGCUUUGAAGAAAUUGAACAUAUACCCAGAUCUUGCAAAAGUAGCUUGGAAUUUUGUGAAUGAUUGGCUUUGCACAACUUUAUGCUUGCAGUACAAGCCCCAUUACAUUGCAGCUGGUUCCAUGUAUCUCGCUGCCAAAUUUCAAAAGGUGAAACUUCCUACAGAGAAGGGAAAUGUCUGGUGGCUGGAGUUUGACAUUUCACCUAAACAAUUAGAAGAGGUCAUCCAACAGAUGGCCAGGUUGUUAGAGCAAGAUCCAAAAAGGACUCUUCCGGCAACGCAUGGGAGGGUUCCACAAUCUAAAGCUUCUGCCAAGAAGAUGGUUACCAGUAGUGCGCAAUCAGCUGUUACAAGUGUAUCAAUGUCUAAUUCACUUGCUAGCGAUGGGGCUGUGAUGGAAGCUUCAUCCUCAUCUGACAGAAACACCAGCCUGAAUGAAGUUUUACCAUGUCAAACAAUUGAUAGUGGUGCAAGCAGUGUUGUUGAGGAUGGUGAUGGUAAGAAUCAGCCAAGAACAGGGGACUAUGAGUUGAGCUCCAGCAGCAAUAUUGCCCCAUCUUAUAAUUCCCAUCAUAACAUUGAUGUCCACCAGAUUAGAGAGACAUUAAAGAGACGGAGAUGCCAGAUAGCUGCAAAAAGUAGAGCUUCAUUGUCCAAUGAAACCAUGGAUGCUGAGUUAGAUACGGAAACCUGGAUAGAAAGGGAGCUAGAAGAAGGGAUAGAGUUGCAAACUGCUCCUUCAGAGAAGAAACGAAGGAAGGUGUGAUUCGGAGGAUAAGAGCUAAAUAGUUACAUAUAGUUGAACGAGUUUCAGUAUUCAGAAAAGCAAAUCUUUCUUGGUCUCCUGCAAUUGUCAGGCAAGUUUUAGAAUAACCUCGUAAACAUUAUCCUUGUCAUUUAUUGAUUCCUGAGAAUAUCAGCUAAAAUAGACACAUUUAGUUAUAACAUUUUUUGCAUCGAAUAUUUUCAUUAGAGCGAGAGUAUUGAAUUUGUGAAGUUGUAGAUCAUAUAUUACAAGAGAUUUUGUAAUUGUUAGCA